AUGAACAAGGGACAGAGGUCCCUGGACACUGUAGGACCUCCGGACGACAUAACCAACAUGUGUGGCUCUGCACAGGACUCCAACACGAUCUACCCGUCUCAGGGAUGCCCAUACUCGAGUCCAAGGGAGGCGAUGACCCAGUCUGUGCUCAGCUCGCGUCCUUAUCCACCGCUCAUCACCAACCCGCCAUCGUCAGAGCGAGGGGCGGGGCUAAAGCGCUGA